ACCAUAUAUUUUGAGCAAAUUUUAGUUCCCAAACAAACUGCCAGCCAUGGAAGCUCUGGGAGCUUCCUCAUUUCCGUCAUUCACCCACCCACUAAUCUCGAAAACCAUAUUUGAAAAACCCAUUAUUCAGAUUCCUUUAACUCAGAAAUUAACUUCACAUGUCCCUGUAGUUCUAAGCAAGAAAGGAAAUUUAAAGAGUUUUACAGCCAUUUCUCCAACUGUCCUAUAUACUGGGGAAUCUGACUAUACUUCAUCCCCUGAUCAAGAUUCUGAAGCAGAAAAUGAAGAAGAGAAAUUUGAUUGGUUUGCACAAUGGUACCCAGUGAUGCCAAUUUGUGAUCUUGACAAAAGAAGACCACAUGGGAAGAGGGUGAUGGGAAUUGACAUAGUGAUUUGGUGGGAUAGAAAUGAGAAUAAAUGGAUAGUGUUUAAUGAUAGUUGUCCUCACAGAUUGGCUCCAUUGUCUGAAGGAAGGAUUGAUCAAUGGGGUAGGCUGCAGUGUGUGUACCAUGGCUGGUGUUUUGGUGGUUCUGGUGACUGCAAGUUCAUUCCUCAAGCACCCCGGGACGGCCCUCCGGUUCACACUUCCUUGAAAGCAUGUGUAGCUGUAUAUCCAAGUUGUGUACAAAAUAAUAUUCUUUGGUUUUGGGCAAGCUCUGAUCCGCUAUAUAAAGAUAUUCUAUCGAAGAAAAAGCCUCCCUACAUCCCAGAACUUGAUGACCCGUCAUUCACCAAUACGAUGAUAUGCAGAGAUUUACCUUAUGGGUAUGAAGUUCUAAUUGAAAAUCUUAUGGACCCUGCUCAUGUCCCAUAUGCACAUUAUGGAAUAAUGAAAAUCCCGGAAACACCAAAGAGUCUGAAGGCUGAUAGGGAAGGUGGCAAACCACUUGAAAUGACUAUAGAGAAACUAGACAUAAACGGGUUCACCUCGAAGCAGUUACUUGUGAACAGCUAUUUUAUUCCACCAUGUAUGUUCUACGGUGCUUUCAGUUCAGGAGGGGUUCCAAGUAAGAAGUCCCCAUCAUCUGCUAGAACCACAGAGGAGCCACCAUCGCCCGUACUCAUGAAAAAAAUGUUCCUACUUUUCUACUGCAUUCCAGUCAGUCCGGGUAAUAGCAGGUUGAUACUUGCCACUUCAAGAAACUUUGGGGCCUGGAUGCAGCGAUUUGUUCCACGUUGGCUCUUUCAUAUUAGACAAAACCUAGUUUUAGAUUCGGAUCUAUAUCUUCUUCAUAUGGAGGUUAACUUUGACUCUUUUUUGGUAAGAAUCAACGCGAAUGUAAGAGGUUGCAUUUUCACUGUACACAUUUUUCGCAUUCUUUUCAGGUAUUGGUCCCAUACAGUAAAUUGUAGCAGUUGCAAUCUUGCAUAUAAACGUCUCAAUGCGCUUGAGAUCGCCCUGCAAGUCAUUUCCAUUGCUUCGGUUGGAAUAGUUGCUGCGGGCAAGCAUGGUAUUAUGUCUGCGGCUGUGAGGAACACCCUGGUAUCCACGGCUGUACUAUGCUUUGUGGCUUCGAAAUGGUUGUCUCACUUUAUCUACACAACUUUUAGGUACCAUGAUUACGACCAUGCCUUCCGCUGAGGCUGCCUGUAUCUAACAUAUACAGCUUUGUAUAUAUAUAUAAAGUUAGAAACGUGGAAUUCUGAUUAGGUACAAAACAUUACUGGCAUUUUAAAGUUUUGUUUAUAGACGAUUAUCCCCAAACCUUACAUAAUUUAUUCCUGUGGAGAUUAGUUUA